UCGGCCGCGGCUCCCGCUUCUGCCCCCUCCGGUGACCGCUGCUAGAAAAUAGGCCGCGGGCCGGAUGUCGGGGUGCUGGGCCGGGGCCUUUCUCCGGGCUUGGGCGUCGUGGCCCGCGGGGAUUCUGAGAAGGAGACCGCUAAGCUGCAAUGCUGCUGCGGCCCGGUGUUGGAACUGCGGCGAAGCGGGGGGCGCGGCGCGGGGAGAUGGGUUCUUCUGCCCGCGGUGCCACUCCCUGCAGCCCCCUGACCCCACUCGGGACUACUUCAGCCUCUUGGACUGGUAACACGGCCGGGCGACAGGGUCGGCGGCGGCUGGCAGGGCUGGGGGCCGGAGGUGGGGGGCCGAGGACCUUGGGGAAGAAGGCGGAACCGGUAGGAGACAGCCACCGUUCCUUCAGAAUUGACACUGGGAAACUCCAGCAUAAGUACCAGCAGUUACAGCGUCUUGUCCACCCAGAUUUCUUCAGCCAGAAAUCUCAGACCGAAAAGGACUUUUCAAAGAAGCACUCGACCCUGGUGAAUGAUGCCUAUAAGACCCUGCAGGCCCCCCUGAGCAGGGGACUUUACCUUCUAAAGCUCCGUGGAAUAGAGAUUACUGAAGGAACAGAUUAUAAAAUGGACACACAAUUCCUCAUGGAAAUAAUGGAAAUCAAUGAAAAACUCACAGAAGCUCAAAGUGAAGCUGCUAUGAAAGAGAUUGAGUCUGUUGUCAGAGAGAAACAGAAAGAAUUGACUGACUGUGUGAGCCGAGCUUUUGAACAAGAUGAUUUUGAAAAAGCCAAGGAGAUUUUAACAAAGAUGAAAUACUUUUCCAAUAUAGAAGAAAAGAUCAAGUUAAAGAAGAUUCCCCUCUAAUUCCCCUAAUUAUAACAUUUGAAAAAUAAAAGUUCCAUGUAUUUUUUUUCUGGCUUCUGCUAAUUGGAAUUAGAGUUGC